CCGGGCUCAAAUGAAUGCUUAGCUGAAUGCUCUAAGAACAGCAGAUCUUUUAGUUCAUGUUUGGGGGAGAGCCAUAGAUUUUCAAAAUGGCAUUGUGUCUGUUGCCAGCCAGCUUCAGACAUAGUGCCGCCCAACAAUGCCGAUAUUAAAUGCAGUAAGAAAGACACUAGACUUGCAGAAUACUCCUUAUCUGCUCGCAGUAAGGAAAAUAAGAACCCGGUUUAUGGGGUAAGCCAUUUGAAUUCAAGUUCUGCGGCGAUAAAUUUAUUUUAUAAUUUAGAAGCUCCGUCGUCCUCACACUCUAGUAGCCCUGGAAAAUUUCCUGAGCCAACUUUACUGUUGUCUAGCUCUAGCCAUGUUACGACCGAUGGCCUGCAUAAACCAUGUAUCAAUAUAGAUGGCAGAGAUUAUCCUUUUACGGAAAAAGGUAAAGAACUCUUGAGUUCCAGCAGUGACGUCAAUGUGUCCAGUGUCUUGUCCGGCCAAUUGUUUUCUUGUGCCACACGUUGCUCCAUUUCUUCAGAUGAAUCAGAAGAUUCUGACGAUGAAUACGGGGUCCCGAAUCUAUGUCUUUCCUACGACGACUGCUUAAGUCUCAGCGAAUCUGAAGGAUGUCAGUCACAGAACUGCUCGUAUCCUACAAAUUCUAAGAAUCAUGCGUCUCCCAAGCCCAACAUUCCAACCAGUAGCCAAAUGGCGACCAUGCGGUCGAUCAGUCCAGCACCUGUUCCACGAAGACGAUUUAGUGUUAAACGAAUUUCCCCCUUUAGCCAAAUAUCCAACGCCUCAUCAGAGCGUCACAAAAGCCAGGCACAAUCGCCUGCAAACCCAAUGACACGCGUUGGCUGUACAAGUCCUUUGGUCAAAACGCCAACCACUUUUACAAGGUCAGAUUUCAGCAAGUCGUUUACCGCGCAGAAGCCUUUUGAAAGUCUUGGGUGUUUAAAAAUAAAGCAGCAAGGCAGCAUGGACUUGGGGAAAAAUGGGGUUAAAGAAACCAAUAGCCUCCGAUUCAACGAUAAACAUUUGGUCAAAUACCCUAUGAGGGGGUUUAAGCGAUGCACCAGUCUGCCCGCCAGAUCGUCGAAUGCUGUUGGUAGAGCCAAGAAACAUGCAGCUCCCAGAGAGCUACACGGCACUAGUUAUGUCUCCACUCUGAAUAGCAUCGAGGAGAAUAAGCCGACCUCGGGAACAGAUUUAACCAACCUCGAAAAACGUCUUGAGAAUUGUGACUGCAAAGCGUUUUGGAAGAUUUUAUACGACGUCAAGAACGGGAGACUGGACGAAAACUGUCUGAGGGAGAGCCUGGCUGGGAAAAUAUCAGGAUUCGAAUACACAACAAUUAAAACCAGGGAAACGAUUGGCACAAAAACACUAUGCACCGCUAGGAAUAGAUCGGAUGGUCUGUGGUCGGCUGAUUACGUCACGUCGGCGGCACGAGAAGGUCGGGCCUACCGUUUGGCGAGGAUUAAGAGCAAAGAUUCUUGCUUCGAUGGUAGGUCAAGGUCGAAAUUCAUUUCUUCAUCGAGGCCCCACUCAACCAACUCUCAAAUGCUGAAAUCGAAAAUGAUACCGGAAUGUAACAUUGACAACAUGAUCAUGCCGACCGAAUGGGAAGAGAGAACGAACAAUCAAAAUUUCGCAGUUUGGGAAGAAGAACAAAACAACAAAAGUAUCGAUGCCCGUGGCGCUAUCCGUGAGGUGGGAAUAACAGAAUGUAGAUUCAAGCCCGUUAAAGCACAUCAAAGUAACGAGAGGGCUUGCAAUGAACGACACAUCGUCAGUAGUUUUUUAACAGAUGAAUUUAUUCCUGAAAAUAACCAAGAACAGAAGGAAGUCACGCGGAACUGUAAGGGAAAAACCAGUCCAAAAAGUUUGGCCAAUGAAAUGACAGAUAGCAUGCAGCGGCCCGGCGCAAGAGGUUUGAAAACUUCACACGACACAAAAAGUCCUCCACGAAUGGGCCUUAACGGCAGCAACAUCUCCAAAUGUGCACAGCAGGCUCAGAGCCGUAAAAAGGGACCCACGCCAUGUUCACGAGAACGCAGUCAGCUUUUAAAAAGCAUCCCUGACGACCACAUGCUAAGUCCAACGGCGAUCAACACAUGCGAAGAGCAUCCAACUCCACCAUCGACGGGGAUCAAAGCUUGCGGGUCGGGUACAAAAGUCUUCAUUCAAGAGUCUGAGGCUGCAUGUGCACAGGAGGUUUCCAACCAGG